AUGGCUUCUCAUCACCACGAUCAUGGAAACGGUCACGAUCACGGACACAGUAACAGUGACGGUCAUAGCCAUGGAGCCGGGGACGGGCACGGGCACGGGCACGACCAUUCGCACGACUUAGAACCAGCCCUGCAGUCGAACCUCUACCAGCAGAUCAACUUCGAAGGCAUCACCACACUAAACGAGGCUGAGCCCAACUCUGGAGCGGCCAUCGUGCAAAAGACAUGGGAUCAACGGCUCAACGAGCAGCCACUCCUCGAAAGCGACGCCGACGAACAACUCCUAAUGCAUGUGCCCUUUGCCGGGUCGUGCAAACUCUACUCCAUUCUCAUCCGCACCUCAGACUCCGACUCGGCACCCUCCACGCUCAAGCUCUUCCGCAACCGAGACGACGUGGAUUUCGGCAUCGCCACCGACUUGCAACCGACUCAGACGCUAAACCUUCCCAAGAGCAACGAGGUCAUGGAGAUCCCGCUGAAUCGUGCGCUCUGGAACGGCACCACUUCCAUCGCCCUCUUCUUCGAAGAUAAUCACUCGGGCGGAGAAGAAGACGUCACUCGCGUAGGAUAUUUGGGCUUCAAGGGCAACUUUAUGGCACUCAACCGAGAACCAGUCAGUGUGUUGUAUGAAGCGGCCGCUAAUCCGCAAGACCACAAGUUGAUUCAGGGCUUGACCAACGUUGGCCACUCCAUGUCAGGACAAUAG